AUGCGAGUUGAUGGUUUUGACUGGUUCAAAUUCAAUUAUUUGACCAGCUUAUAUUCAAUACUUUUAUUGACUUCAAUUGUUCUUAUUGUUGGUACGAUUUCUUUUUUUGUUUCAUCAUCAUUUAAAUACAUACAAAUUCAAUGUUUAGAUACUACCAAUCCAGCUACUACAGUUCAUACUCGGGAGAUAUGUUCAAAGACUAAAUCGAUACUUUCGCUUGGCAAAUAUAAAACAUCCGAAAUAUCAUCUAAUAUUGGUUAUGUCUCCCGUGUUUAUGCUCACAAUUUUCUUGCUUAUUCUCCUCAUGACGACUUAUUAAUAUUUAUUGAACCAAAACAUCAAUUACAUGUAUAUGAUGCACAAACCAUUCAUCUGAUUGUAAAUUUAACAACAACUAAUGUUAUUUAUGCUACAUCAAGUACAUCAUUAUCAAUAAGUGAUCGUCGUAAUCUAUUUUUUAUAUAUGAAUCACGUUUAGAAUCAAGUAUUAUAUCAUUACGUGUUUGUGAAGUGACUUUUAAUAAACUUCAUUUAAAUUUUGAAGAUAAAAAUUGUAUUAAAACAUUACUAAUACAUUCUAAUAAAAAUGAUAUGCAUAUAAAUGGUUUUGCUAUAAAACGUAAUCAUGCUGAAACAGAAAAAUCAAUAUUAUUUAUAUCAACAGAUAUUGGUCUUAUUUAUUCAAUAUUUAAUACAUAUACUGGUAUAUUAAUUCAUGAACCAGUUAUUCUAAAUGAUACAUUAAAUGAAGGAAAUAUUGUUGUAACUCCAUCGGGUAUAGUUUAUUAUGCUAAUAAACAAGAACAUACGAUUCAUGAAUUACGUAUAACACAAGACUUUCGUAUACGAUAUGGAAAAAUAAUUAAAAGUAAUGCAAUUAAGGCUCCAUUUGGCUUAAUGGCAGACGAAUGUAAUCAUCUGUAA